GUGUAAGAGUAUUCUUCCUUGAAACGUAGUUACCCCUGUAAACAGGAUUUACUUUCCAGAAUGAUUUAAAUCCAGAUAAUAAUUUUAAGUAUUAAAGUCCGUAAUGGAAUUUGAAGUAGUACCUCUGCAUAAACAUUCAGAGCAUUUAGAUGAAUGCGCCAAUAUUCUUAAUGCUGAGUGGCCAAGAAGCAAAGCGGCAAGAGAAUACAGCCUAAGCAAGUCAUGCGAUGGCAUGCCGUGUUCAUUAGUCUUUCGAAGAAAAGAAACUCAUGAAGUUUUGGGAUACAGUCGGAUAGUAGCUGUUCAAGGGAAACAUAAAGCAUGUCUCUUUGAAUCUGUUAUAAUACGAAAUGACAUGAGAGGAGUUGGCUUAGGAAAGAAACUGAUGACUGCAACAGAGGAAUAUGCUAAAAGCCUUGGUUUCUUAAGAGCUUUCCUCAACACUAUUGAUAAAGAAGGAUUUUAUUCAUAUCUGGGCUAUGAUAAAUGUGGACCAGUGACCAGCUUGGGAGCAAAUGCUCACAGACUUCCAGAUGAUAUGCUAUUGAAAAUACUGGGAGCCAGAGAAGAGGAACCAGAAAAGCAGAGGGAAACAUCUACCAAUAAUGUUUCAUCUGUCUCUCAACUUCCAGCUCAACUGCAGCAACCUCCUCCACCUCCACCUCCUCCUCCACCACCACCAAAGUCAUCAACAUCUGCGGUCACGCCACAAAGUCGUCAUGCCAUCCGGAUGAAUCCUAAUUCUGUCAUCUGGAUGCAGAAGAUUCUUGCAUAGAGACAAGAAUCACCAAAAUAAAUUUUUUUAUGCAUUUAACCUAUGGCACUCUUGUUCCUCUUUUGGAAGAAACUUAAAAGUGUAGUUUUGUUGCUGUUCUUUUGGUUUUACAAAACUGGAUGUGUCAAGUUUAAUGUUAAUGUGUUUGUAGUGAUGCAUGAUAAGACUAUGGUGCCAGUGCUGAAUUAUUUUAUCUAAUACCUGUUAUUUGGCAGAAAAUUAAAUGAGUUAUCCAUAUAAUUUUACUUCAAAAUUAAAUGGACCAUAAUCGUACAUUACCAUCAGUUAUGUCUCUGUGAUUUUGUAGCAUGAAGUACAGAUGAACUGUUGCAACUAUCAAAGUCAGACAUAUCAGACUUACAAGGGAGAGAUUUUGUUAAACAUGUCAUGCUGCUGAGCAGCUGAAUAUGGUCUGCCUAUACAGUAACUGUGAAUAAUGUGCCAACCAGUUACACUGAUGUUUAUCAUUUCACCACACAAAGUCGGGUGUUAUUGUUUUUAUUUGGUGUUGUGAUGCUUGAUCCUUCAAGUUUUUUGUUUAGAAUCCGAAUGCUUUUUUCACUAGUCCUAGACAAAGCAAUCAGAGUUUGUUGGUUUGGUGGGUUUUUUUGUUUUUUUUUUAACUUUUCUGGUCAACAUGCCACCACUUCAAUUUUGCAAAAGCUUUGAUAAAGAUAAGAUCUGCAUGCAACAAAUUUGUGUGAUAAAAAUAGUGAAUUCAGAAAGCAUGUUCAGAUUUUAUCUGGCAAAAGGUAUAACAAGUGCUUUUAAGAGUAUCCUACAACUUUUAAAAGAUUAUUUAUGAUGUCUAAGCUAAGAGAUUAGUUGUCCACGUGCCAAAUUUUACAAAUUUGUUGGAUGUAGUAAUUUUUGUGGGCUUUGUUUACAAAUUACUAAAAAUGUGUUAUACAAAAUAUGUUCCUAUAUAAAAUAUAUACAUGAUUUUCAACGAA